AUGACUGAUUAUUUGGAUAUUGAUAUUAGCAAAAUUGAUUUUAUACGGGGAAAUACUCCCGAUAAUAUAAAAGAGACCUGUCUCAAUUUAUGUAAAGAUUAUUUGGCUGAUAUUUGGCUUAAUAUUACCAUCGAUGACAUGGAAUUUAAAAGAUUAAGCGGCGGUUUAACUAAUCAAUUAUAUUAUUGUGCGAUCAAACAAUGCGAUAAUGAUAAUAAUAAUAAAGAGAUCAAAUCACCGAUUGAAGUGGCCAUACGUUUGUACGAAUCAAAACAUUUUAAUAAUUACGACAAUAAAGGCUAUGAAAGACUAACGGAUACAGUGGUUGCACUAAUGGUAUCACAAAAUAAAUUGGGACCAAAAAUAUAUGGCAUGUUUGAAAAAGGACAAAUUCAAAAAUAUUACAAACACCGACAAUUUCGUGUGGAUGAACAAAACAAUCCAAAACUAGUCAGUGAAUUGGCCACUAAAUUGGCACAAAUACAUGCAAUGGAUGUACCCAUAAAAAAGUCAAACAAUUGGAUAUUUGAAACAUUUGAUCGUUCCUAUGAAGAGGCAAACAAUUUGUUUGAUUUGAAAGCAUUAUAUGAUGAAUGCAAUUGUCAGACAUUAAAAGGACACGAAUUGAUAGAUGAGAUCCAAUGGCUUAAAGACACGAUCACAUCACUGGACUCUCCCAUAGCCUUUACUCACGUGGACUUUCGUGGCUCAAACAUUAUGGUCACCGAUGAAGACGGUAUAAUAUUAUGUGAUUUUGAGUAUUCAUGUUAUGACUACCGGGGCUGUGAUUUUGGAACCCUUUUUGCCGAAUGGGGUAAAAAUUUUUUGGAUUUUUUAAAACCACAAGAUUUUCCAAACGACGAAAUAUUUAAACCAUUUAUUGAUAUCUAUAUCAAUGAAAUGACACGUUUGAAGGGAAAUGUAUUCACUGAUGACAAACGUAAUACCUUUGAGCACAUCCUAAAAGAGGGUAAAGUGUUUGCAUUGGCCUCUAAUAUGUUUUUUAUUGUAAUGACACUAAAACAAAAUGAAUCCGUUAUACCUGACAUUACAUUUGAUAAAAAUCAAGAAAUGAAAUUCAGUGAAUUUUUUCCUAACAAUGAUACUAAUAAUCUCUUUAAAGCGUAG